UUUACACUAUUUUUAAUAGUUUCUAAGCAUAACCCGAAAUCGACCCAAAAUCUGACCCGAACCCGACCUGCUGACCCAAAUUGCCACCCCUACUAAAAAUAUUUAUUUACAUAUUUUCUCUUUUAUGUUGCCAACAACCGAAAAAAAUCUCCAAAAAUGACAAACUAUGACGCGCGUUAACCACCUAUUAGAAAAAAAAAAAAAAAAAAAAAAGUGAAUGGUCCGUAAGUGGUAACGGCCUAGAUGUAUGCGACAAUGCUCGGGUGAGGGUAGGCUGUUAGAGAGACAGAGGAGUCGUAUUCCUAGUUCGUAGUUUUAUACUGCUCUCCUCAGUAAUCAAUCUACUUGUAUUUCAUAUUUUCUCACACAAACCGGGACCCCCCUCUUUCCCUCUCUCUCCGCCUUCUUCACUGUCUUCUGUCUACGCCCAUUUUUUUUAUUUUAAAACUAAAAAGUAGCACGGCAGAACACCACCACCUUCCUUUAAACUGAAACAACCCAAUUCAGCCCCCAACAUCAACUGCUGAACAAGACGACGUCGGAGAAGAAGAAGCAGCGCAUCACUUCAACAACGCCGCCGCUACCUCCGCCGCCAAUCCUCCGGCAUUACACCUUGAAUACCUAAUUGUGGGUACGCAACACAAUGAAUCAGAAUCCUGCAAUGGAGCUUUAUUAUGCCAACAACACUGCCUCUGCUUAUCCUAACCCUUAUCAACAGCAACAUUCUGAUCAUUUCAUGGGCUUUUUCGACGGCCUCGCUCACCCCAAUGUCAAUCCCGUUCCCAACCCGAAUCCGCCUAUUCCUUAUGUUUACCCUCAUGUCCCUAUGCCUAAUCACCAGGAAACUGCAUAUUGGUCAAUGAAUAUGAACUACAACAGAUCUGAUUUCUCUGAUGUCAGAACUACUUCUUAUUAUGGCUACGAUGUUAACAAUCCUUUGCCAAGAACCGAAAUUAAUCGCAGGACUUGGGAGUAUUCUCCUUCUAUGCACAUUGAAGAAUCAACCAUGGUCAUGCAAUCCCAAGAAAAUGUAGUUACAACUUCAGAUGCUGCUGAAGAAUGUCCUGAUGACGAUCAAGAUGAUGAUAGUCCUGAGGUUGCUUGGCAAGAUGUCGUUGAUCCUGAUAGCAUGACUUACGAGGAAUUACUUGAAUUAGGUGAGGCAGUAGGAAGUCAAAGUCGAGGUCUUUCUCAAGAACUUAUCAAGUUGCUUCCAACCUCUAGAUAUAAGGCGGGUGGUUUUUUCUCAAGGAAAAAAUCCAGAGAGAGAUGCGUAAUAUGCCUGGUGACGUACAAAAUCGGGGACCAACAAAUGACAUUGCCAUGCAAGCAUGUAUACCACUCCAAAUGUGGGAGGAAGUGGCUCAGCAUAAAUAAGACAUGUCCGGUUUGCAAUAGUGAAGUGUUCGGGGAUGAAGUAAGGAAUUGAAAACAUUAUUGGGCAAGCGUACAGAUACAAGCUUAGUUUUUGUGUUGUCUUCAUUUUUGUUCCUGGUUCCUGGUUUUUAGGUACAGAGAGCUGAUUUUGAAUUUACGGCUAUAUAGUCACCUCCUCCUCCUCUUCUUCUAACUGAUAUGACCAGUUAUGUCUCGUGGUACUCAGAAUCUAAUAUAGAUAGAAAAAGGUUCUAAA